GUAGUUCAAAUUGGCAAGGCGCUUUCCUUCCGUUUCCGACUUUCUCCGCUGAGUUUUCUGAAAGGCACCUAGCUUUGUGUUGCAAGACAAUCGAUUUCGUUGGCUAUCUCGGAUGCCUAUGGAUCCAUCGCUUGAAACCUCUUUAUCUAUUCAAGAUCCUUUGGCUAUGGCUGAGAACAAAAGUACUGCACAAGCAAUACGAAUGCAUCUUUAUUUUCAUUGACGAUGAAUUCCAUAUGUGUAGUAUCUGCAGACAAUAUCUAAACUGCCUGCAUGCUCGUUCGUGGUUCGCAUCAAGGCUUGACGAGCGCUUACAAAAACUAAGCAGUGAAUCGGCAUGAUGUAUUAAUAAGAGGGUACCCCUCCCUUUCUCUCCCACCCUUUUUUUUAUCCCGCCCUCCAUUCCUUUCAUCGUCCCCAAGCCUCUCCUCCUCUCUCAUUAUUAAUUUAUUCUCCUUUAUUGUUCGCAAGAAAAAAAUGGUGUCUCAUUAAUUGCAGAGUUUGAUUUGCUGAUUGAAGUUUAAAGAUAACUGUUAUCAUCACUAUAAUUCCGCCUUCUCAGUUUUUUUUUUAAUUUUAAAUUUCCUUGAUUUUCGCGGACCCAGAAGUGGGAGUAAAUAAAAGAUUCGAUCUUUAUCUGUUUUUCCUUUCUUUCUUUCUUUUCUUGGAUUGAGUUUAAUCGUUUCUGGAUCGAUGGGCUGUGCCAAUUCAAAAAAAGCAGUGUGCGUGAACUGCCACGCGCCGUACUCGCCGGUCCGCCGGAGUAUGGAGUGGGAUCGGCCGCCGCGGAGAGAGGCCGAGAGCUACUACCACCACCGCCACGUGGUUUCCCUCACUUCCUCCACGUUUGGGUCUCUGCUGCUCGACCCUCUGGAUCCGAAUCAGAACCUCUUCGACGAAGAAGGCGGAGAAGAAUUCUCAAACGAGAAGAAGAUUCCGGCGAUGUCACCCGGAGCCGGCGAGCCGGAGACCAUUAACGCGUGGGAGCUGAUGAAGGAUCUCGAAGAUUGCAACCAUGCCGAUCACAGUUUCUCCUCCCCUGUUUCUCCCAAUCAAUGGUCGGACUCGAAUUCGACGUCGGGCUCGAACGACACGUCCGUCGGAUUAGCGUCGGAAUUCGAUCCCGAAGUGCUGGAAUCAUUCCGGAAAGCUCUGUCGGAUCUCCCGCCGGCGUCCACUCCGUUGCAUCUCAGCCCGCCGGCAACAGACAAUCAAGAAACAGGGGAGGCGAUACCAGGACGAAGCAGAAACAGAGUGAUCUUUUACUUCACCAGCCUCCGCGGAGUUCGGAAGACGUACGAGGAUUGCUGCCACGUCAGAUCCAUCCUCCAGGAACUGGGAGUGAGAGUCGACGACCGAGACGUGUCUCUGCACUCCGGCUUCAAAGAAGAGCUGAAAGAGCUGCUCGGAGAGAGCUACAGAUUGCCCGGAGUCUUCUCCGGCGAGAAGUACAUCGGCGGAGCCGAGGAAAUCCGGAGAAUGCACGAGGAAGGGAAGCUGGAGAAGCUAUUGGAGCGCUGCGAAAGGGUGGAAGAGAGCGGCGGUGGCGGCGGCGAAGACGGCGGAACGGCCGGAGGGUGCGAGGCGUGCGGGGACAUAAGGUUUGUGCCGUGUGACACGUGUUCAGGGAGCUGUAAAAUAUAUUGCCAGGCUGGAAGUGAUUCGGAUGAGUUUGGGUUUCAACGGUGUACGGACUGCAAUGAGAAUGGGCUGAUUAGGUGUCCAAUUUGCUGUGAUUAGGGCCCCACCGCCUGAUCCUGUUUGUGUGUAAGCCUAUUAGCCACGAGAGAUUUGGUUCCUUAAUUAGACUUGUUUUUUUAGUUGUUUCCAUGUUUGUGCAGAAGUACUAUGAUACUCCCUCGUUACAUGUUUUCCCCAUUUAUAAUAAUUAAUCCACUUAAAA